AUGCAAUACGAUAAUGGUAAUAUUUGCUCAUUUUAUAUUUUUGACAAGAAAAUAGAUGAAGAGUAUCAUAUAUGGAAAAAGAAUGCCCCUUACCUAUAUGAUGUAAUUUUGUCACAUGCUCUGGAAUGGCCGAGCUUGAGUGUGCAGUGGUUACCUGGAUGUACAAUUGGAAGUAACAAGGACUUUUCGGAGCAAAAGAUCUAUUUGACCACUCACACGUCAGAGGGAGAGCAGAACUAUUUGAUGCAAGCCACAAUCCAAAUGCCGCUUCCCGAUUCAACCAUUGAUAUGCGAGAGUUUGAUAACGACGGAAAUGAAAACGCUGGUUUCAAAGGAUUUUCUGCUCACGUAUCGGAAACGGUUCGCGUAGCGCAUGAAGGAGAGGUGAACAAGGCUCGCUACAUGCCCCAGGACCCAAUGAUCAUUGCAACGAAAGCCGUGAAUGGGAAUGUGAACGUCUUCGACAUCCGGAAGCAUCCGUCCAUUCCCCGCGAUACAGUGUGCCGUCCGAACUACAUUCUGCAAGGCCACACCCAGGAGGGCUACGGUCUCAGCUGGUCUCCUCUGCAGAAAGGCCUCAUCGCCUCGGGUUCCGACGAUCGCAAAGUGUGUCUCUGGGACCUCUCGUCUCCCCGCGAUUCCACCGUUUUCUCGCCCCUCCGCGAGUUCGCCGAGCAGCGAGACGUCGUGGAGGACGUGGCCUGGCAUCCCCUCGACCCGAAUCUGCUGGCAGCGUGCGGCGACGACAGCCGCGUGUUCUUCUACGACAUGCGAAAGAGCCGAAGUCUGCAGUCGCUGCGCGCGCACGCGCGCGAAGUCAACGCCGUGGCGUUCAACCCCGUCGAGCGGUUUCUCUUCGCCACCGCCUCCUCCGAUGCGACGGUGGCGCUGUGGGACUUCCGAGCGCUGGGGCAGCCGCUGCACCAGCUGCGGAGACACACGGCGGAGAUCUACUCGCUGGCGUGGAACCCGGUGAACGCGAAUAUUCUCGCGUCGGCGGGCGUGGAUCGGAGAGUCAUGAUCUGGGAUUUGAGCAAGAUCGGCGAUCGCGUGCCGGAGGAGCUGGAGAAGGAGGGUCCGGCGGAGCUGAUUUUUGUGCAUGCGGGGCACACGGCGAAGGUGAAUGACAUUUCGUGGAAUCUGGACGACGAGUGGACGAUGGCUUCAGUGGGGGAUGACAAUGUGCUGCAGGUGUGGAGACCGAACGAGGCGAUCUAUAACCCGUCGUACAGCAACACGCUGGAUCUGAAUAGGAUUGGGUGA